UAGCUGAUGAAUAAGACUUCCAGGUCCUGAUAGCACAGGAUGGAACCGAUUUUGGAUAAUGAGAAGUUCUACAGACCAUCCUAUAUUGCUAGCAUUGAGCCAUCUCCAAGAGCAGGACCAGUAAGUGUGGAAGAUAUUAAAACAGAUCUCUCCUCUGAAUUUUCUUUGGUUUCUUCAGGCUCGGACACAAGCCAGAGGAGCAGUUUGGAGUCUAAGGGACACAUACAAGUAUGCCUGCGUAUCAGACCAUUUACAUCGUUGGAAAGAGAAAAUGGAUCACAGGACUGUGUUUCACUUGAAGAUUCAACAAAUAUUGUACUGAAGCCCCCCCAACACUAUUUGAGUCGACUAAGUGAAAAAACUUCAGGACCAAUGUUACAGAAGUUCACUUUUUCACAAGUGUUUGGACCUGAAACAACCCAAGAAGAAUUCUUUGAAGGUACUAUGAAGCAACCAGUGCAAGAUUUCCUAGAUGGAUAUAAUCGUCUAGUUUUUACAUAUGGUGUAACAAAUGCUGGGAAAACUUACACUUUCCAAGGGACAGAAGAUGAUGUUGGUAUUCUGCCAAGGACUAUGGAUAUGUUGUUUCAAAGUAUUCAAGGAAAGCUGUACACAGCAAUGGACCUCAAACCCUAUAGGUGUAGAGAUUAUAUAAAGCUGACUGAAAACCAAGUGAAAGAAGAAACUGCUAUUAAAAAUUCAUUACUUCGUCUAAUAAAAGAGGUAGACCACCAGAUUGUCCACAGGGACAAAGCACCUAUGGAUUCUAAGGAUUUGGAAGAUAUCUCAGAAGACUUGGAACAAUCUAUCACAACUGCAAGAAAUUAUAUCAAGUUUUCUGUCUGGGUUUCAUUUUUUGAGAUAUACAAUGAAUGUUUUUAUGAUCUACUGAUUCCUGUAUCAAAUGACAAGAAAAGAAAAACACUACGCCUUGCUCAAGACAUCAAGGGAUGUUCUUUUGUAAAAGAUCUGCAGUGGGUUCAGAUUUCUGACUCUAAAGAAGCUUUUAGACUUCUAAAACUGGGGUUGAAACACCAGAGUAUUGCAAGCACGAAGCUAAAUAAUUGCUCCAGCAGAAGUCACAGCAUAUUCACAGUUAAACUACUGAAAAUUGAAGAUUCAGGAAUACCAAGGGUGACCCGAGUCAAUGAAUUGUCUUUGUGUGAUCUGGCUGGUUCUGAAAGAUAUACCAAGACCCGCAAUGAGGGUGACAGAUUGAAAGAGAGUGGAAAUAUAAAUACCUCUCUCCUGACUCUAGGCAAGUGUAUUAAUGCACUCAAGAACUGUCAGCAGUCAAAGUUGCAGCAGCACAUACCCUUUCGGGAAAGUAAAUUAACUCAUUUCCUUCAAGGAUUUUUCAGUGGAAGGGGGAAGGUGUACAUGAUAGUAAACAUCAGCAAAUGUGCAUCAGCAUAUGAGGAAACACUCAAUGUGCUAAAGUUCUCAGCCAUUGCACAAAAAGUUUUAGUUAUGGACACAUCGAUUCUUCCCCAAGAUCAGUCAUUUGGCCAGAAAUUGACAGGAGAAUCCUCACUGCUUAAUGUCACUAGAAUGCCAAUCCCAAGGAAAAGAGCUACUAUCCUAUGGGACAGAACCUUGGAAGAUGUGUUUGAAGAUGAUGAUGAUGAGAUGGAGGAACAGCCCAGUAUGUCAAGAGAAGAAGCAGUGCAGGAAAAUGAAGGAAAUGAAGUUGUUAUUGCAAAAGAAAAAUACAUGAUGCUGGUGAAUCUGGUAGAAGAGCUGAGGAACAGACUUAUUACUGAAAAGAAAAACAAGUUACUGCUGGAAAUAAAAAUUCGUGAAGAAGUGGUUCAAGAAUUUACGGAUUAUUUUGCUCAACGGGAAAUAAAUUUCAAAAAGUGCCUUUCUCAUGAACGAGAACAGCUUGAAGAAAAUGCUGAAAAACGCCUGGAAAUCUUCAAGGAACUUGUAAAUAGUUGUACAAAAAAUGCUGAUGAAAAAAGUAAAUUACAAGAUCAGCCUUGCAGUGAGCAAGCUGGACCUCUGAAUGAAGGAAACAGCACAGACACAGAUGACUACCUUGAUUUUGGGGGUGUUAUUGCUUCUCUGCAAAAUGAUAUCACUGAUAUCAAAAAUCAGGCAGAAGCAGCACACCAGUACAUUGUGUCCUUAGAGGACCCACAGGAAACAAUAGGUUGUCUUGAAAAACAGCUGGCAAAAAUAACUGCUGAACUAGUUGAGACCAAGGAAGAGCUGGAGAAGAAAACCAAAGACUUUGAAACACAGAAGAUUAAAUUGGAUGAGUCUGCUGAGCAACUUAAAGAAGCAACUGAGAAAAUGAAUAUACAAAAUGAAAGGAUUCAAGAACUGAUUGACAUUGUGAAGCAAAAAGAUGAAAUGAUUAUGAAACUACAAGGUCAGAUAACCCGUUCAGAAGAAACCAUAAAAGACUAUAAAGGAGAUAAGAGAGAGAGUUGGGAAAACUACUGUCUUGAUCAAAAGAGAACUACUAAUUCUGAGACCUACCUGGAAAUACUAGCACUAAAGGAAAGAGCUGAAACCUUGGAAGGUCAGAUAGCUGCACUUGAAGAACAAUGCCAAAGAGAAAAAAAUGAAAAAGACAAAUUAAAUCAGCAGAUAGCAAACUUGCAUCUGAAACUCUCUGCUUCUGAAGAAAAGGCUUCUGGCUUAAGUGGAGAACUUCAACAAUGUCAGGCUAAAUAUCAGGAGACUGUUUCUGAAUUGGACAAACAGAAAGCUUUAAAUAAGGAACAAGAAGAAAAGAUUAUUCAGCUAAAUAACGAAGUAACAGGUGCUAAACAAAAUAUAAUUGACAAAGUGUCACAAAUUAAAAUGAUGCAGUCCCAGGUAGAUGAAUUCUAUAAAUGUCACUCAGAAUCUUAUGCUGUGGAUAUUGAUUUAGUUAAUGUAAAGGAUUCCUUAGACCCUCACAAAGAUGAACCAGAGACAGCUCAAAUGAGUCCUCUAUCCAUGCAGUUCCAAACUGCUUCUACAGGAGAUCUGAGACAGGACUCCUUUCACCGCAGUAUUGAAAGCAUUUGGGAAGAAUGCAAAAUUAUGAUUAAGGCUUCCUCACAAAAAAGUCAUCAAAUUCAACAACUACAUCAACAAGUUGAAGACUUAGAGAAGAGACUUCAUGGUAGUGAAAAUGACAAUAAUCAACUAAAAAUGAAAUUAAAUGAGAUGACAAAUCAAGAGCAUCAGUCUGUAAAGGAAAAAGAUCUUAUGAAUCAGUUACAAGAGCAAAUCCAGAAGAAAACCCAGGAUUUUGAAAAACAGGCUGCAGAAAAUCAGAGAGUAAUUUCACAGUUUCAGGAGAAAGUUGCCAGCUACGAGGGAGAAAUAAGAGAUCUUAAAUGCCUGUUGGAGGCUUCUAGGACUAAAGAUGACAGGAUGAAAGAAUUAGAAGUAGAACUAAAAGAAAAAGAAUCUACUAUUUUAAAUCUAGAAAGUAAUACAGUGGCUCUGCAAGAGAAAUGUACCAGUGUAGACAAAAAACUGAAAGAACUCGGUGAUCGAGAAGCAAAUUUGAAGGAUGAAGUUGUGCAGCUGAUGAACAGUCUGGAGACCAUGAAACAUGUUCUUCAGGAAAAGGAGAAAAAUGAGUAUGAGCAAAUACAGUCACAGAACUGUAAGCUACGUAAAGAUCUUUCUGAAAGCUCUGCCCUUGUACAAAGUUAAAAAGAUUUGCAGAGGAAAGAGGAAGAAUACACAGAUUUGAAAGAGAAAUUUUCUGAUGCCAAGAAACAAAUUCAGCAAGUACAAAAAGAGGUUAUGUGUACAAUGCAAACUCAGGAGAAAUCCCUGAGGAAACAAGUUAAUGAACUUGAGAAAAUUAAAAAGCAGUUUAGUGAAGAAUUAGAGUUCAAACAGCGCACAAUCUUGCAACUUAAAAAGGAGCAGCUGGAUAAAGAAAAGCUGGAAGAAAUCUCCAAACAGUAUGAGAAAACACACAAAGAUCUGUGUGCAAAGGAAAAAAUAAUUGAAGAUAUGCGGAUGACAUUAGAAGAACAAGAACAGACUCAGAUUGAACAAGAUCAAGUGCUCGAAGCCAAAUUAGAAGAGACCAACAGAUUGGUUUUGGAACUGGAAGCGUGGAAGCAGAAAUAUAGAGAGCUGAAUAACCAGUGCAGUAGAGACUGGCAGGAAAAGAUGAGCAAAAAUGAGGAGAAAACCGUAAAUGAAAAUGAGGAAUUAAUAAAGCUGCAAAAAGAACUGGAGGAGAAUGAGGCAAAGUAUCAAACUGACAGAAAAAAGUGGCUUGAGGAGAAAAUGGGACUCAUAAAUCAAGUAAAAGAAGCUGAGAACCAUCGCAACAGGGAAAUGAGAAAGUUUGUGGAGGAUAGAGAACAUCACGUGAAGCAACAAGCAGAAAUUGAAAGACUUGCUGCACAGCUCGUAGAGAAGGACAACAAUCUUCAAAAGUGGCGUGAAGAAAGAGAUGAACUAGUAGAAGCUUUGGAAGUACAGCUCAAGACUUUGGCUUCUAGCACCAUACAGAAAGAUGAAGAAAUAGAAAGGCUAAAACAGGCUGCACUAACGGCUUCAGAAAAGGAUAAAGAAACUGACGUAGAAGAUCUAAAAAAACAGCUGGCAGAGAAAGAUGACUUUAUAAAGGAAAUGAAACAGCAGAUUAACCAUGGAAAUCCUCAGUCUUUGGCAGAAGUACCUUUACCUGAAGAAGGACAAGAUAAAAUUGAUCAAUCUGUAAACAAAGAGGACCAUUCUGAAGAUGUCCUUGAUUCUACUGAAGUGUCCACAGAGGAUGGAAAAACGAGUCGGUUCCCAAAACCAGAGAUGGAAAUCCAGUUCACACCUCUGCAACCCCAUAAGAUGGAGGUGAAGCACCAGGGCAGCACCUCACCAGUUACAGUUAAAAUGCUCAAGCCAAGAAGAAAAAGGAAGAGUGUAGAGAUGAAUGAGGAUUUUGUGAAGAGUGAGAACGAGAGAAAUGUAAAACCUGCUAUGACUGACUCACCUUCUACAAGCAACAAAAAAAUGAUGGCUACUGCACAAUCUCUUAGAAAAGAAUACUCCUUAAGAAGGCAAGAAUCUACUCUAAAUAAAAAGUCAGCUAAGAAGAAAGAUGGGACAUUACAGAAAAUUGGUGAUUUUUUCCAAAGCUCUCCUACUAUUAUUCACUCUAAAGCAAAGAAGCUUAUUGAGACAAUAAGCUCUCCCAAGUCUGCAGAACAAGAAAAUGUCAAAGAAAACGAGCUCAAGCCAAAACGAGCUAAGAGGAGGCUGUAUUCAACUGACAUUUCUUGCCCUCUGGAUAUCCCUGGUUCUUCAAUCCUUAUAGAACAAAAGAAGGAAAGUGAUCAUCUAAUCAUCAAGCGACGGCUGCGAUCAAGAAUAGCAAAAUAACCUUGCAAAAGUGGGUUUAUAUUUCUUAGCUAGGACCUAUUCCCAUUGUAUUAUUCCAGCUUGUUGUAUGUAGGAAGCAAUAGAUACUUAGUCAUGCUUCAAAAUCUGUAUAUAGUUGUAUAGAAUUUUUGACUCCAUUAAAAUUGUCAAGUUC